UGUGUAAUAUGUGGAAAUUACCGAUCCAUGAAGAGGUAGAUUCCGAAUGACGUGACAUAUGAGAUAUGUUGGUCAAGGGGCCCUUAAGACAAGGUCUGUAACAGUAUUACUUACACUGCGAAUUCAUUAGCCUAGAAAACACACAGCAACACUAUUAUCAAUCGAAAACAAAAGGCCGCCUAUUUGCGUCCCAGAUCUCUCAACUCAGCUCCGCUCGUUGGGAGUCUCUGUAGUUGAAUCUUGAAUUUUGAGAAAUUCUGUUGGUGGGAUUGGUUACUGCUGGAACAGAGUAAAAGGUCAGAAAACAAUGGCGGCUGGGACAACCCGGAAAAUAUCUGCAGCCUCUGCAAGGGCUCAUACUCGAAAACCGAAGCCAAAGAGUUCUUCCAAAGUUUCAGGGUGGUUGAAGAAAAUAUUAUUGGUUGGCUUUGUGGGGUUUUUGGCUUGGGCUUAUCAGGCAGCACGACCACCUCCUCCAAAGACUUGUGGCUCUGCAGAUGGCCCUCCAGUUACAGCAUCAAGAGUACAGCUUAAGGACGGUAGAUACUUGGCUUACCAAGAAUAUGGUGUCGCAAAAGAUAUUGCAAAGCACAAAAUAGUGUUUGUCCACGGGUUUGAUUCUUGCAGGCAUGAUGUUGCUGCAUUAACUGCAAACCUCUCCCCGGAUAUAGUCGAAAGUAAGGGAAUCUACAUUGUUUCAUUUGACAGACCCGGUUAUGGAGAGAGUGAUCCUCACCCAACCCGAACAGUUAAGAGCUUGGCUUUUGACAUUGAGGAUCUUGCUGACCAGUUGGGGUUAGGAUCCAAAUUUUAUGUUGUUGGAUUUUCUAUGGGUGGACAGAUUGUCUGGACUUGCCUCAAGUAUAUUCCUCACAGAUUGGCAGGGGCAGCUAUGUUAGCACCAGUAGUGAAUUAUUGGUGGCCUGGUAUUCCUUCAAACAUAUCUAGAGAAGCAUAUAAUCUACAGCCUGCACAAGACCAAUGGGCUGUUCGUGUUGCACACUACAUGCCAUGGCUUACCUACUGGUGGAACACCCAGAAACUGUUCCCUGCUUCAAGUGUUAUCUCUCACAACCCAAAUGUCAUUUCCCAACAAGACAAAGAAGUAAUUAUGAAGUAUAUAGGUCUGAGAAAGGAAUAUCAGGCAUUGGUAAGACAACAAGGCGAGCAUGAGUCCCUUCAUCGUGACAUGAUAAUUGCCUUUGGGACCUGGGAAUUUGGUCCGACGGAUUUGAAGAAUCCAAUCUCAGAAAGUGAAGGUUCUGUUCACUUGUGGCAUGGAGAUGACGAUCUGAUGGUCCCUGUUACCCUGCAACGUUACAUUGCCCAUAAGCUGCCAUGGAUUAAGUAUCACGAGAUAUCAGGGGCUGGUCAUAUGUUCCCAGCUGCUGAUGGGAUGGCAGACAAAAUCAUACAAGAACUUAUAUCUUGAAAGAAAGGCCAACAUGGGUUUUUCUUUAUACCAGGUUUAUGUAACUCACUUGUUCUGGCUAAUUAUUGGAGUUUAAAAGCUUGUUUUCGCUACAACUCUUAUGUAGCCUUUGUUGUGUCUUAUUCUGGACGACAUUUUCUGUACGGAACCUGCAAUUUUCUCUCUUAGUUCAAGAUUUGGCAUUAA